AUGCAUUGCUUAUUGUCCAUAAUCUCGCUAGUGACUCUGCUCCCUUGUUUCACUCUUGCAUCUUCACCUGUAGUUACCACCAAGAAUGGCACCGUACAAGGUCGUCACUCUCCCGAGUGGGAUCAGGAUUUCUUUCUAGGCAUCCCUUACGCUCAACCUCCCCUUGGAGAUUUGCGAUUCAAAUGGCCUCAGUCCAUAAAUACGUCUUUCUCAGGAGUCUUCGAUGCUUCUCGCUAUGGUUACAGCUGCUACCAGUAUGGAAGCAAUUUCAAUCUCAGCGAAGACUGUCUGACCAUCAACGGUACAUUGUGCUCUCUGUUCAUCUGUAUCACAGCUAACCAUCUUNNAGUCGUACGUCCCUCUGGUUACGAGAAUCAGACCCUGCCAGUUCUGGUCUGGAUAUAUGGUGGUGGCCUCACGCUAGGUAGUACCGCCGACCCGCAGUACAAUCUGAGCGGCAUCGUAGAGGCUUCAACACUGACGGAGAAUCCAUUCAUUGCGGUCAGCAUGAACUAUCGGCUCGGCGUGUGGGGCUUCCUCAACACUCCAGUCGUUCAUGCUGAAGGUUCUUCAAAUGCAGGACUGCUCGACCAGAGACUUGGGCUUCGAUGGGUUCAGGAGAACAUAAUCUCGUUUGGCGGCGACCCUGCGCGAGUGACUGUGUGGGGAGAGAGUGCCGGAGCUCAAAGCAUUGGCUUACACCUGACCAGCUACGGUGGCCGCAACGACAACCUCUUUCACGCUGCUGUCCUAGAAUCUGGAGGUCCCGAAGGUGCUAGUCUAAACACACUGCCCUUUUACUCUGCUGCCACAGACAAUCUGACGAGGACUGUGGGAUGCCCCAGAACCUGGACCGACCCCUCUCAACUUGCUUGUCUACGCAAUCUCAGCUCGGAAGCACUGUUUACUUCUAACUACACUGUCGUGUGGAACCCCAUUGUUGAUGGCGACUUUCUGACGGAUUAUCCCUCAUCUCUGCUAGCACAAGACAAGUUCAUUCGUGUACCGUUGCUUACUGGCGCAAAUACCGACGAGGGGGUUAGUUUCAGCGUGCAGAAACUCAACACUACGACCGACGUCUAUAACUCUCUCUUCUACUGGCGCAACUACGCUUUGUCUCCUCCUAGCAUUCGGAAACUAUUGCAGCUCUACCCCAACGAUCCUGCUAUAGAGCCUCCAUACGCCAACCAUGCAAAUGUCACAUAUCCUGCAUUUGGACAGCAGUGGCGACGUUCUGCUGCAAUUGGAGGUGAUCUCGUCAUGAUAGCACAAAGACGCAGGAUGGCAGAGCUCUAUACUAUAGCUGGCCAGAAAGUCUUUUCCUACCGCUUCGACACACCUCUGUACAACGCCACGGUACCUGGUUCAGUCAAGCACUUUGACAAUGUCAUGUUCAGUUUCCAAAACAUCUCGGGAGCCAUGGGACCUCUACCACAGUAUCAGCACUACAAAACAUUGAGCACUGGUAUCGGAAAGCUAUACGCCAACUUUGUGGGUACACACAACCCGAAUGGCAUCAACACAACGAACAGCACUGGCUUGCCUCAUUGGCCUCAGUAUAGUAUCCAUGCACCUACAAACUUGGUCUUGAAUGCCACUGGCAGUUUUUUCGAGGCAGACACGUUCCGCAAAGAAGGUAUCAGCUUCAUCAACAGUAUUUGGCGGGAAUUGUUGGCAUAA